CGUUGGAGGAGGAAGAUCGCACUUCUUGGCAGUUCGUCGAGAGUACCGGUGAUCUUUGGAACUGUGACUGAUUGAAGACGAGGAUGCGCGUGAGCCUGAUGUGGCAGGGUUUGGUCGCCUUCGGGCUGGUGGCUCUCCUGGCCGGCCGCGGGAGUAGUUUUGUGUCCUCGCUUCCGGAGGCCGGGGAGAGGCUCCUGGCGCUGCAGGAGAGGGUCGUGAAGUUCGCAGAAGGAGACGCAAGACGCCGGGAGGGAGGUACUGGCGACUUCUCCAACAUGUGGAGCCAGUGGCACAAGGACGCUUCCCACCUCCUGCUGAAGCUGAAGACGCCUGGAGACAAGCUGAUGGCCAUUAGGAGCAAGCUGCUCGACAGGAUCAUGAGGGAGUCCAAGCAACUCACCUCCAACAACCAGUCGAUCGUAUCCAUCGCUUUCCUGGCCUUCGGCGUGAUUCUCUUCGACGUGCUGGGAGACGCCCUCUUCGGCACCAGCUCGAACAUCCUGGGGUCGCUGGGGGGCGGACUGCAGGGGCGCGAGACACUCCUCCCCGGCCUCGGCAUCUUCGGCGACAACAUCAAUAACCUGGCGGAGGUCGUGCUCAACAUGAUCACCAUCUACCUGUACAGGGACGAGAGCCCCGACUGCGGGGAGCGCCUCCUGUGCGAGAGCAACCAGCAGGCCGUGAGCCGCGGCUUCCUCGACACCCUCGUGACGUACAUCAGUGGGUUCGCGGUGUCCUUCCUCCUGCACGAAGCCCCUCUCUCCCGCAACCUGCAAGCCAUGAGAGCAGGCAGGAAGGGCCAAAACUGCAUAGAAAUAUACCCGAAGUGCUCCAUCACCCUGUGAGGACUCGGGGAGGCUCUCGACGAAGCUGCCCAGGCUGCUAUGUCGGCACUGAGCGGCAGGGAGGAGAGCCAGACCGCGUCUUAGACCGCGAUGGAAGCUACUGAAGGCGAGAACGACCGUUGGGACGCAGUCAGAGCUUUCUGUAAGAACUCGUACAUCUACGGUCUUCAUGUGCUGGGUUUCAUGUAUGCUUCUAAGUCAAGGUACUAUUACAGAGUACAUCAAAUUAUGUGUAAUGAGCAUCAGCGCAAAAGCUAUCUCGAGUACAUGCGGUAUUGGUAAAUUGCAACGACAGAUGAAUAUUCUACAUGAAGUUCCAGCUUCUCGUCCAGAGAUACUGAAUUCAAAAAACGAUUGCGAAGGUGGAAUUCUCACAAGACCCGGUGGUAGAGGGCUAGUCUGUUGUGUUUCUUCGGGGUCGAGUGAAGGUCGAGCUCCCAAUCGUCCUGUGUGAUAUGGGCUUGUGUGGGAACGGGCGUCGGAAAGUUUCUAUUUUCGGGAAAUGUAUCGGGGCACAUUGUUUAUAUAAGUAUAUUAUAUAGACCUUGUCGGGGCAGGUUCCAGCUUAACCAACUACGCACAUCCUCCUCGCUACAAUUAUGACCUACCGUGAUCCAUUCACAAUUACAGGUCGCACUUUGGCAACUUGUAAGUCAAACGAUAUGGCAAAAGUUUAGAAAAUCCAUUAGCUCUUAGGUCUUUGGUUAUAACGAAACUGAUAGUCAAUGAUCUAGAUUUGGAUUUUCACCCAACAGUCGAAUACUCGUGUAAAGAUUUAUAGAAAACGGAGACAGUAUCGACAUAUUGCAGGCGGGACAAAUGUAAGAUGUCUCUGUCAAACGCCGUGAAACUAAUAAUUACUCUUAUAUUAUCCUUAUUUUAAGGACUUGGAAUUCCUUCAUAGGACUCCUCGGGCAUUAUUAGGUUAAGGAAAGUUUUAUUUUUUGUGGUGAAUAAAUAUUAUUGUUUAUAUCCGUAUCCACAUUACAAACUGCGGUCUCAGCAAUAUUACGGAUAUACCUUUGCAUCGAUAAUAGGCAUGAAUUAUAUUUUAUUAUUCUGGCACUCGAUCAGACGUAAAUGAAAAUUGAAAAUUGAAAAUAAAUAUCAGUUGGAGAAGUUAAAUACAAUAAUGAUUUUCACAUGACCUAUUCCUCCAGCAACCCAUCAAUCAAAAAUCGAAAUAUGUA